AGUCUUGCGGUAGAUUUGCUACAGUACACAUCGUUUCUCGUUGCUUUCGCAGUGUUUAUUAUAUCAAAGUGCGCGUUUUCAAACUUUUGCCACAGCUGAUUUUAAUAAUUAGUGCAUGAAGACAUUAAAUUAUUUAAAUACAGUGCAAUCAAAUUUUUGGAUUAUUUUUUAUUUAUUCACAUUCUCAAUAUCCAAAUAAGCAGUUCAACUGUGAAGAUGGAAAAAAGAGAAAAAUCGUCAAGAAAAUUAAUAAUGAAUUAAUUCGAUCAAUUUGAAUUGUUUUAAGUAAUAUUGUAUUGGGAUAUUUAAAAAAUGACGUCGACUACAGAUUUACCUAAGGAGCCAAUUACACGCAAGAAAAUAUUCAAUCCAAAUCUGAUAUCAUUAAAAUGUCUUCUCUUCCUUUUUUUCGGAGGAAUGGGAUGCCUUUUUCCUUUUCUUCCACUGCACAUGACAGAGGUGGGCCUAACGAGAAAUAAAAUAGGAAUAGUUUCAAUGGCCUCAGCAGUGGUAGCAAUUUUGGGACCAUUAAUUGCAGGACCAUUGGCUGACAAAAUGGCAGGUCAUCAGGGUUCAAAUGACAAAUCAUCAACUGGUCGUUAUCUUCGUGUAAUGAUAGCAGUUGUUUGUGUUUUUUCAGCACUUUUUUAUUCCCUUCUAUUAUUAGUGCCAGCAACAAAAAUUGAACUCUCACAAGAGCGUAGUCCAUCAUUAAAUUUUUCUUGCGAUCAAAAUGGAGCAAUUGUCUAUCAGGAGAGAUGUAAAGACACAAAAGAUUGUCAUCGUUGGAUUGAAGAACGUCUUGGAACAAUUGUCUUAACAAAAUGUCAAUAUGUCUGUCAUUCAAAAAAAUUAAAAACUUCUUAUCGACAAUUCUCUCAUUCAUCGGAUAGUAACACAGAAUAUUCACUCGACGACGGAAGUGGCGAUAUCACUGUUGCACCGCUCAUUGUUCCCGAAUCUUUGUUACAGGAACAAUAUGAUAAAAAGUCGCUACUAUCUGUCAACAUGGAUAGAACUCCACCUCAUAUAUGUUAUAAAAAUGCUGAAGAGGGAAAACUUUGCCAUGCUUUUACCAAUAAUACAGAGAGAAUUGCAGUUAAUGCUACCCUUGGGCAACCGACCAACACUGAAGAAGUUGACGAGUGGUGUGCUUAUCCGGUUUCUGAUUACUUCAGUUGUCGAAUUCCUUCCAGUCUACAAACUAUGGAAAUUAACAAGUCUUGCUCAGUUCAAUGCAAAUUGGAAAAUCCUUACACAACACCUGGAAACGUACUUGAAGAGAGUUUAUGUGGUCAAAUAAUAGGAAAUCCACAGUUAACUUUUUGGAUGUAUCUGGUGAUUCGUUCAGUGGCUGAUAUUUUUCCAACAGCUGCAGUUGUUCUUCUUGAUGCGGCGGUUGUUAUAGCAACACGAGAAACGUCUUGUGGAAGAGGCGAUGUCGGUCGUCAACUUGCUUUUGGAUCAUUGGGUUUUGCUCUUUUUGGUCCAUUAACAGGAUAUUUGACCACUAUUGUUCCAAAAAGCUCAGUCUAUUAUUUGCCAAUUGUUCUUCAUUGUUUGAUGGUUCUCCUAGCAGCAUGCGUGGCCCUUUCUGCAAAUGGAAUGCCAUUGAGUCCUCCCGAAUGGUGGUGGCAAACAAGAUGUGGAAUGCUUGCUCUUCCAAUGAGUGCAGUCAAAAGAUAUGGUAGCGAAACAGCAGCUCUUGUUUUUGUCCUCAUCAUUAUGGGAAUAUUCUGGAGUGCAAUGGACACCUAUCUUCCUUUAUACCUUACACAACUCAAUGGCGAUGAACUCUCAAUAGGAAUUGUCCUAACAGUUGGCGCCUUACCAACUUUACUUUUUCUUUGGAAGUCAGAACACCUGGUUGAUUAUUGUGGACAUAGCAAUCUUUUUAUUUUAGCAUUUACCAUUUACAUAGUCAGAUUCACUGGUUUAAGUCUGGUACCUGAUCCUUGGUGGGCCUUGAUCUCAGAAGCAUUGGAACUUUUCACCUUGGGCAUUAUGUGGGUGACUGCAAUUCUCUAUUUAAGACACUUAGUACCUCGCAAUAUGACAGUUACUGCACAAGCAUUGCCUGUGAUCGCCCAUUUUUGUAUUGGUCGUGCACUUGGAGCUGUAAUUGGUGCAUACGUCGAUAUUAACGAAACAAAUAUCGUUGAAUCUUUGAAGUAUGUUUAUCGUUGUAUGGCUGGAUCUGCAGCUAUAAUAGCAAUAAUUUAUUUUAUUCUUUAUCAUGGACUAUUGAAACCAAAAUGUCAUGCCCAAAAUGUUCAAGGAACGCGUCAACAACCUUCUGUUGUUCAAGCUGCAAUUGAAGAAUAUGAACAGACAAUGAAUGGAAAUGGAAGUUACACACCAUUGAGAGUUUAUCAUAAUGGUAUGGCGAAAAAAGGAGAAUUUCGAUACUGAAGAGGCAAUUAAUUUUAGUUGGUGCUAAAGCUUUUUCUUAAUUUACUUCUUUAAAAUAUUGCAACAAGUGAUCAGUAUACCAACGAUUUAUAAAUUAUGUAUUAAAAAAAAAGUUAAACUGUGUGUAAUUUUUUUCGAAAAAUGAUCUUUUUAAGUUUGCGUUUAUUGAAAAAAAUUGCAAUUUUCAAAUUUGCACGAUUUUUUUUUUUUUUUUUAAUAAAAUAGGUACAUUUUUUUUUUUUUUCAAUAAGUGCAUUAUUUAUAACAGAGUCAUAAACAUAAAGUGCUAUUUUGCAAGAGAAAGAAUGAAUGUUUCAAUGCGGAAUGAAUGGAAAAUUUGUGAACGAAUAGAUAGUUAUUUUCUUACUUGAACAAUUAGAUUUCAUACAGUUUUGUAUACGUAUAAAAGAAAAAAAGAAUCUCAUAAUAUAUUGACCGUAAAAGUAUAGUUUAAAAGGCUCGUAUUCUAAUUUAUUAUAAAUGUUUUCAUUUAAUUUUUUUUUUUUUAAUUUAAAAACAAUUUUAUAAAAAAAUACGAAAAUUUUAAAUUGUAAGCCUUUCCUUAUAGAAUUUUUAUAAACAUUUUCUUGCCCCUUAUUUGUUUUCGUUAAAAUGCAUUUACAUAGUAAAAAAAAGCGUUAAUAUAUUAAUGAUUAAUAUAUAUAUAUAUAUUAUUAAUUAUACAUUAAGUCAGGUACAUAUCUAUGUAUUUAUUGUAUGCUUUAAUAUUUUUAUACUUUCCACUUUCCAAAGAUGGAGAAGAUAGCACUGCUACUUGAUGUCGAUUAUUGGAUAUGUACUUGAAUAUCUCAGUGUGCCUGAAUGAAUUUUAAAUCUAAAGUAAUAUCAUGAAAAAAAGUUUUCCAUUACAAAAAAAAUCUUGAAUCCUAUAAUUAGUUUUAAAAUUUAUUUAGUUACACUGCAUAAAAUUGUCAACAUUAUCAAAAUGAUGACUUUGGUGCAUUCACAACGAAUUUAAUGUACUUGAUUCUUCAGUGUGUAAAAAAUUGUGUUCAAUAAAGAAGAUUUCAAGAAAAAAAAAAUUAAAAAUUGAAAUCUAAAUUUUUAAAUUAUCCAAAUUUUAAUUUUUAAUUUUAAUUUUUUUUUUAUUUUAAAUUAAAAAUUCAAGCAUUUGUAGUCUUUUUUUUCUAAAAAAAAGUAAUGAAUAACACAUUCAUUUAAUUCAUAGUAAAUUUAUUAAAGAAGAGCAAGAUUCUAAUAUUUCUAUAGGCCUAAAUUUAAAAAAAAAAAUUUUUUUUUUUGAAACUAACAAAAACAACCUCUUGCUUUUACUAUAUAUAUAUAUAGGCCUGCUUUAUUUCUCAUGCAGACUUGCAACACAUAUCCUCCAUUAUUAUUUGACAAUGUAACUAAGAAAACAAAAUAAAUUUAAAUAUUUUUAUCAAUACUAAACACUCUCUCAUUUUUUUUGUAUUCAUACACUUUUUUGUUGAUGAAGAGAAUUAAUUCUCAACUUUAUUUUUACACGUUCCAGGUAUGAAAUAUCGUGUGCAUACCAUCUCAUUUUAUAUAUAAUUCUCCUUACGCACAUAUAUAAUAAUGUAUAUUUCUAAUUAUGUAUAUAUUUAUAUAUAUAUGUUUAUAUAUUUAGACAGAAAAAAUUAUCCUUUUUAAUAAGUUGCACAUUAUCAAUAUUUUUCAUUAAAAUAGUGAAAUGGAGGGCAGUGAAAUAUGAAUUAAUUUUACGUUAUAUUAAUAAUAUGUAUAGAAUGCAGUAAUGAAAAAAAAAAAAUUCACAUUAUUUACAAAACGAAAUUAAUAUAAUAUAAGAAAAAUUGAAACGAAUGAGUGCAUUGACUCAUGACUGCGAAUAAUUUACAGCGAUUUUAAAAUCUUACUUUUUAUGCACAAACAGAAUGUCAAAAAAAAAAAACAA